GUGAAGUCCUCGUGGUCGAGGCCCCCGUCUGCGCCGCCGUCAAGCCGGACGGGACUUUCCGGACGCACUGCUCGCACUGCCUCAGGCGCGCCCCGGUCCCGCUGCCCUGCCCCACGUGCUCGCUCGUGGUGUUCUGCAGCGAGCGCUGUCGGGCGGCGGGGCUGAGCGCCUCCCACGGCGGCGAGUGCGCGAUGCUGGCGCCGCUGGUGGCCCUGAAGCUGGACCCGGCGCCCCUCCUGGCCGCCAGGAUCCUCGCCUCCACCACGCUCGCUCAGCUGCGGGACACCCUCCGCCAGCUGCAGACCAACAGCACGGGGGGCAACAAGCCCCUGCUGGAGAUCUCGGGCGGCUACCGCGCGCUCUACCACCUGGAGGGCCACGCCACCGCCCGCUCCGAGGCGCAGCUGCAGGAGGUCGCUGCCAUGGCCUACAUUCUGACGCGCGUCUUGCUGGAGAACAGUUCGCUGUUCCUGAAGAACAAGGAGGGAAGCAUCACCAUCCCCUCCCUGGACGACGUCGUCCUCAUCGGAGGCCAGUUCAUGCGCCUCAUCCUGGGCCUGGAGUGCAACGUGCACUGCAUGAAGGAGGUGGAGACCGGGGGCGGCCCGGCGGAGGGGGGUGUCCUGGGCCGGAGCCGCGGGCGGGAGGUGGGCUGGGCCGUCUUCUCCGCCCUCAGCCUCAUCAACCAUUCGUGUGUGCCCAACGCGCUGACAUCCUGCCUCGGAAGCACCAAGUACCUGUACAGUGUCAGCGUGAUUCCGCGGGGCGCCGAAAUCACGGACAGCUACGGCGAGAGGUACGUGAGCCACGCCAGGGCGAAGCGUCGGGCUGAGCUGCAGCAACACUACUUCUUCUGCUGCAACUGCGCCGCGUGCCAAGGGGACUGGCCUCUCUUCGAGAACAUCACCAUUAUGCCAAGCUUACGAUGCCCAUCGUGCUUCCAAAAACUGUCCGGGUUCUCAUGCAGCUUGUGUGACCUGGUUUGCACCCAAGAUGCCGUGACCCAGAUGGGAGUCCGCCUCUAUGAUGCUCAGAAGAUCCAAACUGACCUGACAAAUCUGUGGACUGAGUAUGCUCAGGCUUCCAGAGAAAUACGCAGCGGCAAGUCCUCCCAAGAAUGCUUAUCCAAAGUCAUUGACCUCCUCACUCUCCUGGACAGAUACACAGUCCACCCUAACCAAGCCUACAUCACCGCGCAGGAGACACUCAUGACGUGUUUCGACCUCAUGGGGUCAGUUUAUAUACAAGAAACCAACCAAACCAAAUCUUCGGGUGGAAAGAGUGCAAAAAAUUAGCUUUAUUGAACCGUAAAGCUCGGGGUGAAAAUCUGAAUUUUUAUGGCUGUCUGCAGAAUGUGUUAGCAUAGUGCAUAGUAUUCAACUGCUCUGGAAGAAAAAUUAUUGUAUAUAUAAAAUUGUUAUUAUUGUUAUGCCUAAAUACAUUUGGUGCAUUUCCAGAGUUGCAAUGUACAAACAAAUUCUGUGAUUUUUAGCUAAGCUUCCAUUAAAACCAGGGUUUCAGAUGAGUUUUUUACAUGCUGCAUGUCACUAGUCUAGAUGCUUUCUGAAUGACUGCAAAUGGAACAAUUUAAGCAAUAAAACCCUUUGAAAAAUAA